CCGGCAAACGCCUCGACUGGACGGACGAAUGGGGCGGGCGAGGCGCGGCGACUGAGAUGUUCGUGCCCGCGCUGCUGCUGCUGCUGCUGCUGCUGCCGCGCUGCCUUCGGGGCCACGGGGGAGAGCGGAUUCUCGCCCCGCCCGGGGAUGUGCACUUCCAGGCCCAUAUCUUCCACCACCUCCUUCUCUGGGAGCCGGGCGCGCACGGCAGCCCGGUCGGCGGGAUCCUGUACGAGGUGCAGUACCGGCGGGUCGGCAACGACAGCUGGAGGGCCGCCGCCCAUUGCACCCGGAUCGCGCUCCGCUACGGUGACCUCACCUAUGAGACUCGGAAGCCCGCGGCCAACUACUUGGCCCGGGUGCGCACCGUAGCCGGGAACCGCACCUCCGCCUGGAGACUGACGCGCCGAUUUGCGCCUAAGGAAGCAACUCUGUGGCUCUCCAAGGUGACCCUCUCCAGGAGCGGCAACCAGCUCCAUGUCUCUUUGCAGCUUCCCACCAGCCGCUGGGCCAACCUCACUUAUGAAGACAGCUAUCAGGCGUGGGGGGAGUAUCACGCCCGUGUCCGGAGAGUGUCCAACAAUGCCCAGUUUGUGCAUGUCCACAGCAGCCUGGAAUUUGACCUCCCCCCACUGCUAUGGGGGGAGCAGUACUGCAUCAGUGUGAAGCCUCGUGUGGCCUCCAGGCCAAAUCCUGCUGACUGGACAGAGGAGCAGUGCGUCUCAAUACCCCCCUUAGAAGGCCACACAGAAGCUCCUGUCCUUACCCCAAGUUUGGUCCUCCUGAGCCUUCUAAGUCUUGGAAUGCUGGGUGCAGGGCUGGGCUUGGCCUCUGCCUACAAGAAGAAGCCCAUGAAUAUGCCUUCAGUCCUGAAAUUUCCCAUUCAGCACAGCUUCUGCCAGGGACUGACGGAGGAAAGCAAAGGCCGAGUCCUGCACAUGGAGACCGAGUCCAUCCAGCAGCUGUUCUCCCUAGGUCCACAGGAUCAUGUACACUUUGAGAGAAGGAGGAACCACAACCCUGGAGCGGAGCUCCCAGAGAACAGCUGCCAGAUGGAAGAUGGUACAGGGCUCCAGGAAGGCAGUGGCUGUAGUGCAGACAGUGGCAUCUGCCUGCAGGAACCCUCUGGCAGCCUGAGCAAUCUGCACUUCAGUGGCACAGGGUCAUCCCUGGACAUUGGUCAAAAGAAGGGUAUACAGGAAGAUGUAGGUAGCUUUUGGAUGGAGGAGCGACUACUGCUGAGUGAGAGGUCACCAUCCAAGGACCUGACCCAGAACCAUUUUUCUGGGUACAAGAAACAGUCAGGGGCUCCUUUGGAUGGGGAGACCCUUUCUCAGCCCAGUUUAACUACUGGCUAUUUGAAGCAGACCUUCCUUGGAGCCCCUUCUGGCUUGAAGGUGAUAGCCCUCACAAAGAACUUUCUUCAUAGAAUGGAUCAGGAGAAAGAGCAGUUCCCAAACAGCAUGUCCUUGGAGGUCUUGGGACCAUGGGAAUUGCCCUGCAAAUCGCCACAGACCCUCUUGUCAUUGGGCUUCUCUGAACAGGAGCCAGUAACUCCUCCGUUGCAACUUUCUCUCCAGCGAUAGCUGAGCCGGGAUCCCGUUCUCCUGAGCUUUCCUUCUCAGUGCUGAGUGUAAGAAACCCAUCUCCUGCCCAGAAGCCAAAAGGCAGAAACCUCUAGAGGAGCCAUGUCUUGAGAAUUGAGUGCACAGAGGGGGAGAGGGGUCCCAAACGCAAAGCUGAAGCUUGCCUCAUUAGAUUUUCUCUUCUCUUGGGUGGACACACCUCAGACUUUGAAAAUGGUACCCUUCCAAUGACCAGUCUACAGGAUUGGAGGAGAAGUCAUCCAGUCCAAAUGCAGAAACAGAAACAAAUACAGGUAGUCCUCGCUUAAUGACUACAAUUGGGGCCAGCAACUCCAUCACUAAGCAACAUGGUUGUUAAGCGACACAUCAUAUGACCACCACCUGCCAGUUUACUGCCAGCUUCUCCACUGACUGCUUGUUAGAAGCCAGCUACAAAAUGCACAAAUGGCAACCACAUGACUGUGGGACACUGUCACAGUCGUAAACACUUGCCAGAUGCAAAGUGCCUGAAUCUCAAUCACGUGACCACGGGGACACUGUGACAGUCAUAAGUGUGAGGACUGGUUGUAAAG